UCCAGAAGGACGUUCGCUGCAGGGAAAGGAACUGAGGAUUACUUGAGUCUUUAACGAGUGGCCAGAAGGGGAGGGCUUGCGAGGCCAGGGUUGGCCCCACCUCCCAGUGUCCAGCCCAAGGGCACUUGCUGCGACUGAGCUGUGGAUUCUCACCUGUUAAAUGGGGACGCCUCUAGCACCUCCCUCGAAGGGCUCUCAUAGGGACGAGAUGAUGGCACAUGGGAAACCAUUAGUGUAGCACCUGGCCCCAGGUCAGCUCACAAAAGAUGCUGGUUUGGGAAGAUGAAUAGCAGAGGGGGGAGGUAGGAGGCAGGAGCACCAGUCGGGAGGAGGGAUGAUUGCAAAGACUUCUUCGGAGAUGCGCUGCCUGAGUACGCCGGGGCUGCUGCGGGCACUGGCCCAGGCCGCAUGCACAGGACGUCCCAGUGGCCGGAGCCUCCACCGCAGCACUGCGGCAGCCACCUACAAGUACGUGAACAUGAAGGAGUUGAAGAUGGACAUGAGGUCAGCAACUGACCAGGCUGCGCAGACCCUGAUGUGGACUGAGCUCAUCCGAGGCCUGGGCAUGACCCUGAGCUACCUGUUCCGGGAGCCGGCCACCAUCAACUACCCGUUUGAGAAGGGCCCGCUGAGCCCUCGCUUUCGUGGGGAGCACGCCCUGCGCCGGUACCCGUCUGGGGAGGAGCGCUGCAUCGCCUGCAAGCUCUGCGAGGCGGUCUGCCCCGCCCAGGCCAUCACCAUCGAGGCAGAGCCGCGGGCGGACGGCAGCCGCCGGACCACCCGCUACGACAUCGACAUGACCAAGUGCAUCUACUGCGGCUUCUGCCAGGAGGCCUGCCCUGUGGACGCCAUCGUGGAGGGCCCCAACUUUGAGUUCUCCACGGAGUCACACGAGGAGCUGCUGUACAACAAGGAGAAGCUGCUCAACAACGGGGACAAGUGGGAGGCCGAGAUUGCCGCCAACAUCCAGGCUGACUACCUGUACCGGUGACGCACCCCCCACGGCCUGCUGCCCUUAGUCCCUGCUGCCCAAAUAAAACAGCUCUGACCCCUCA